UCACCUCUCCUCCAUUCUCUGCCUGUACUCACGUCAGAAGCUCAAAGGUUGAUCCUUUAGCUCUCAUUCUCUACCCUCUCCUCAUUCGCUCCCUCACCCCACACUUCACGUACUACCCCUCCGCAAUUUGCGUCUCCUUUCUCUCGCACCAAUCUUUUCAGUAGCCCCUUCACAACAAUCAUGCACAGCUUCCGAACCACCACUCUCCUCCUCGCCCUUGUGGCAGUUGCUUCCUCUCUCUCCGCUACCACCGCCAAUGCUUCGCUGGACGAGGCAAUGGCUAUUCGCGGUCACCAGAACAUGCGAGCUCGUCGCAACACCGUCAACUCAAUUGUCUCGAACCACGGUAGUGCGCUCAGGCGCAAGAGGCUGACACAGGCUGCACAGGAGCUGGCUGCUAGGCAAGCAGAGGAGGUCUCGUCGAGCUCCGUUGACGCGUCGGAACCCGCAACAACUACUUCUGCCGCCGCUGACGCGACGUCCAGCAGCGCUACCUCGACGGCUACUAGCACAGAGACUGCCACAGAUAGCGCCAGUGUCACUGCUUCCAACUCGACAUCCACAGCCAGCUCCACUGUGACGGGCACAGCUACCUCUACCAGUGUUAUGGCAACUACCACCGCCAUCUUUGACAUCGAGGGCGAAGACACUGAGGAAUUCACGGACGAGACCGACGAGGACGAUGAUUCGACACCAGCCUCAUCAAGUUCCAGCACCGCCUCGAGUUCCAGCACCCACACCCACACCCACACUAAGCACUCUAAGCAUCACCACCACCACCAUUCUAGCUCCUCGUCCGCCGCCGGAGCCACCGCCACCAAGUCGUCCAAGAAGACUACUGUUAAGAAGAACAAGUCUUGCAAGAACAAGAGCAGCAACGCCAAACUUGCAGCUGCAAACAGCUCGAACGACAGCAGUAGCAGCAGCAGCGCCGCGGCCUCGCCAACGACCAAGGCGUCAGCCUCUGCCGCCUCGAGCACGGCGUCGUCAUCGUCUACGUCGACAGGUACUGGUCUGCUGAGUGGUGUGUCCGACAUUACCGAGAACGGUGAGAUUACCUACUUCUCCGUCGGUCUCGGUGCCUGUGGUUACACCGACUCGGACAGCGACUACAUCGCUGCUCUGCCCGUGGGCCUGUGGAAUUCGAUCGGAGGUGCCGAUGUGUGGGAGGGCAACAUCGUCUGCAACAAGAAGAUCAAGAUCUCCAAGGGUGACACUGUCAUCACCGUCACCGUCAGGGAUCAGUGCCCGACGUGCGCAAACAACCAUCUCGACCUCUCGCCCUCGGCUUUCAAGGCUCUCGCUCCCCUCGUCGAGGGAGAAGUGUCCGUGUCCUGGGGAUGGGUGGGCGGCGAGCCCAGCAAGUAGAUAGACGCGCUUCGUCCAUUCUAGAUUUCCUUGCACGUCUCGUCGUCACCUUUAGUUCUGCCUCGGCCUUCCUCCUCCUCCCUCCUGCUGCGUCUAUCUAUCAUGUUCCACGACCCCCUUCUCUCACAAUCAUGCCCAUCACU